AUGCCACAGUUCCGGGUCUUCGCCUCGCACUUCACCUACACAGCGUAUUGCACCGCAGUCGGCCUCAGCGCAUGGAUAUGGGUGCGCGACAACGUGUACGAGGUCAGCGGCGUCGACGGGCCCAGCAUGGCGCCGACGCUGUCGCCCAGCUUCCACGAAACCGGCCGCAUGGACCGCCUGCUUAUGGACCGUCUGCAUUGUCGCGACUUUCGCCGUGGUGACAUCGUUUCGUUUCAUGCCCCGCAUAGGCCCGACCAGCUGAGUGUUAAGCGCGUCGUUGGCAUGCCUGGCGAUACUGUGCUUGUGCGCGCCAAGCGCUGGCAGGGCAGUCGUAGGGUUACGCUCCCGUAUAAUCAUGUCUGGGUUGAGGGCGAUAAUUGGAGGAAUACGGUGGAUAGUAAUGAUUUUGGGCCGUUGCCCAUUGGUUUGAUCAAUGGCAAGGCUAGGUAUAUUGUCUGGCCGCUCAGCAGAUGGGGCAAAAUACCGGACCCUGAGAGCUUCACGACGUAUUCGAAGGUUUUGCCGGCGGCUACGAAACCGUCGCUUCCGGAUAUUUACGAGGAUUGA